CACUAUUUUUUGUAAUAAGGACUCGCAGGGAAGUGAUUGAGUUGUGCCAAUGAUGGUUUAAUCACUGUUAUCAGUCAAUUAUUUUAACACUAAUCAAGUGUGACAGUUUUAAUCUUCACCCAACGCAACCGCCUGAGUAACAAACAACACUACAGUGAAGGACGUGAAGAUGAAACUGGAGCACGACGGGAGAUUCUCUUGUGGCACAUUGCUGCUACUGCUGUAGAGGCGGCAAGCCGCAAGAUAAACCAGGCCAACUGGCGUCCUCCCCGGUUACACUGUCUGUCAUGGGUAAAGGUGACAAGAGGGGCCAUGUGCAGCGUGCUGAUGCGGGGACCAAUCUAGUGGGGAAAUUCACGCAGAGUGUUCGUCGAAUAGUCCAAGAUGUCAAGGACGAAGGAACGUCUAGCGGACAAUCGAAAGAGGAGGUAAUCGAAACAAACGAACGGCUGAGAGCAGUGCGCGUGCGCCUGGAGGAGAGCUACGAGACAGCAAAACGGUCGCUCAUCACGCUAAUGACCAAAUACACAGACAGCAAGUCUGUGCGCAACGUGUUCCAGAGAUAUAACCUACUCAAAGCCAUGAUCAAGGAGGUGAUCCGCCUGGAGACCCAGUACUGGACUCUAGUGGACAUUCCCAAGCAAGAAAAGCAGGAAACGGUGCCAGCCUUCGUUCUGCGCGCAUGUGCCAUCAUGGAGAAGACUCAGAAAUCUGGGGAGGGCGUCAAGACUUCGGCGAAACUUGCCGAAGAGGCAGAGAAUCGACGCGAGAGGAUAGACCGCCUUGAGAACAUGACUAUACUGCAGAUUGAGAGUGAGAACACGCAAAUGACCAAUGACCUCUAUCGCCUACUGAAGAAGUAUUCUGGCCUCAGAAACCUCAUCCGAGAACUGAAGACAGAAUAUAUGAAUUCGAAGGUGUACCCCAUCUUCCCACGAUACACCAUUCUCAAAGAUAUGAUCAAGGAUAUAAUGCACAACCCUGACUAUAUGGAGGUGUGUCACGAGGUGGACGUUUAGUCCUGCUAGAAGCUCGGUCACUUUAGGACGCAUCAAGCAGCUCCAACAGCCCAAAACUUACCAGUACAACCCAUACAGCACAGGUGACAGAGGAAACCAUGGUGGGACAAUGAUACUUUAACUAAUGUUUGUAUUACAUUGUAACAACGUUACAUCAUCACUAUCUCAUCAGUCAGGUUGCACAAAUCAUAAAGAUAUUUAGGGAGAUCAAUAACCCAGCACAUGACUCUUAAAAA